AUGCUGCUGCGCCUGCUGCUGGCCUGGGCGGCCGCGGUGCCCACACUGGGCCAGGCCCCCUGGGCCACCGAGCCCCGUGCUGCCUGCGCCCCGGGCAGCUGUUACGCGCUCUUCCCGCGGCGCCGCACCUUCCUGGAGGCCUGGCGGGCUUGCCGCGAGCUGGGGGGCGACCUGGCCACCCCGCGGACCCUCGAGGAGGCCCGGCGUGUGGACAGCCUGGUGGGCUCCGGGCCGGCCAGCCGGCUGCUGUGGAUCGGGCUGCAGCGGCAGGCCCGGCAAUGCCAGCCCCAGCGCCCGCUGCGCGGCUUCACGUGGACCACGGGGGACCAGGACACUGCCUUCACCAACUGGGCCCAGCCUGCCACAGGCGGGCCCUGUCCGGCCCAGCGCUGCGCCGCCCUGGAGGCAAGUGGCGAGCAUCGCUGGCUGGAGGGCUCUUGCACGCUGGCCGUCGAUGGUUACCUGUGCCAGUUUGGCUUCGAGGGCUCCUGCCCCGCGCUGCCCGAGGAGGUGGGCCAGGCCGGCCCAGCCGUCUACACCACGCCCUUCCACCUGGUCUCCGCGGAGUUUGAGUGGCUGCCCUUCGGCUCUGUGGCUGCCGUGCCGUGCCAGGCUGGCAGAAAAGCCUCUCUGCUCUGCGUGAAGCAGCCUGAGGGGGGCGUGGGCUGGUCACGGACAGGCCCCUUGUGCCCCGGUACCGGCUGCGGCCCCGACAACGGGGGCUGUGAACACGAGUGCGUCGAGGCGGUGGACGGUCGGGUGUCCUGUCGCUGCAGCGAGGGCUUCCGGCUGGCAGCGGACGGGCGCAGCUGCGAGGACCCGUGUGCUCAUGCCCCGUGCGAGCAGCAGUGUGAGCCUGGAGGGCCGCAGGGCUACAGCUGCCACUGUCGCCUGGGUUUCCGGCCUGCCGAGGAUGAGCCGCACCGCUGCGUGGACACGGAUGAGUGCCAGAUUGCCGGCGUGUGCCAGCAGAUGUGUGUCAACUAUGUCGGUGGCUUCGAGUGCUACUGCAGUGAGGGCCACGAGCUGGAGGCGGAUGGCAUCAGCUGCAGCCCCGCCGGAGCCACGGGCGCCCGGGCAUCCCAGGACCUUGAGGAUGGGUUGCUGGAUGAAGGGGAGGAGGAAGAGGACGAAGAGGAAGCCUGGGAGGCCUUCGAUGGUGGCUGGACAGAGAUGCCUGGGAUCCCAUGGAUGGAGGCCACGCAGUCAUCCGACUUUGACCUAGCCUAUAGACCUAGCUUCCCAGAGGACGGAGAGGCAGGGAUGCCCUACCUGUACCCCACCUGGCCACCCCCACUUAGUGCCCCCGGGGCCCCCCACCACCCCUCAGUGCUCUCUGUCACCCGGCCUGUGGUGGUCUCGGCCACGCGCCCCCCACUGCCUUCUGCCCACCAACCCGCUAUUAUCUCUGCCACACGCCCACCCUUGGCCCCGGCCCCGCAGCCCCCCGUGAUCCCUGCCAUACACCCAGCUUUGCCUUCUGACCACCAGUUCCCCAUGAUCUCAGCCAACUAUCCAGACCUGCCUUCUGCUCACCGACCCCUCGUUAUCUCUGCCGCACAGCCAGGACCAACCCCUGCCCACCAGCCCCCAGUGGCCUCAGCCAAAUAUCCCAAGCUCUUCCCCGCUCACCAGUCCCCCGUGUUCCCAGACACCCAGGUCGUUGAUACCCAGAACACCAUGCAUUUGCCUCGAAUCCCAGCUAACCACACCCCUCUGGUCACCACCUCCAGUCCCCCUCAAGCCCCUGUGACCCCAGAUGUCCCGAUCCUCAAAGCCCAGGCCGGCCACCAUCCUGUCACUUCUACCGUCCAGCCUUCUCGGACCACCGCUUUCAGGUCCCCUGUGCCCCCUGCCCAUCAAGCCCCUGCGCCUGCGGCCUCCCAGCCCCCAGCCUUCCACACUCCUCUGCCCCCUCGGAGCUCCACUAGCCAGACCUCACUCACCAGCACUCCACACCCCCACUCCAAAGCCCCACAAGUCCCUAGGGAAGGCACUCCUGACCCCAGUCUGGCACCAUGGCUGCCCUCGGCGGCCCCCACAUCAGCUCCUCCAGCCCUGGGGGAGGCCAGUCCAGCUGGCCGAAGCCGGAGGGAUGACCGGUGGCUCCUGGUGGCACUCCUAGUGCCAACAUGCGUCUUCUUGGUGGUCCUACUUGCACUGGGCAUCGUGUACUGUACCCGCUGUGGCCCCCACGCGCCCAACAAGCGCGUGACCGACUGCUAUCGCUGGGUCACCCACGCCGGGAGCAAGGGCCCGACGGAACCCGCGCCCCACCGGGGCAGCCUCACAGGGGUGCAGACCUGCAGAACCAGCGUGUGA